AUUUCACGCUAACUCCAUGGCGCUCUAGGGUUCUUACGUUUACACAGGAAUGCUUCGCACAGGCUCUGGCUGCACAGACUAAAGGGACUCAUGGAUUCAGACCAAGAAAACAGCUCUAGUGGCCCCUCGGGGAGCCUGUUGGAGAGCCUUGGAGCGGAGCUCGUGUCCAUCCUUGCUCCAGUCUCGGCGUGCAUGCUCUUUGUCGUCCUUCUGGUAAGAGCCCUCGUCGUUAACAGCAGCCAGCUCCAAGCUCCCGCCAUAGCCCUCGUUAUCUAUGCCGAGGACCCCUCCGACUCCACCUCCGAGAAGCUCGGAGGUGCUCUCCUCAACGCCCUCGUCUUUGUAGCAUUCGUCACAGCCGCUACGUUUUUGCUUGUGGGUCUCUUCUAUCUUCGCUGCACCAAGUGCCUCAGGCUCUAUGUUUCCUUCUCGAUCUUCAAUGUCCUCGUCUACCUUGGUGCUGCUCUCGGUGUGCUCUUUGUCCAGACUUACUCCCUCCCGGUUGACGUGAUCACCUUCUCGGUGGUGAUCUUUAACUUUGGAGUGGUCGGGGUGCUUGUGGCGUUUCCUGUGAUGCCUGUCCCGAUCAUCUUCACUCAGGGGUACUUGGUCCUCAUUGGUAUGCUCACCGCUUUCUGGUUUACCUUCCUUCCCGAGUGGACUACCUGGUUCCUUUUGGUGGCUAUGGCGUUGUAUGACAUUGCUGCGGUCUUGCUGCCUGGAGGUCCUCUCAACAUGCUUCUGGAGCUGGCCAGCAAGAGAGAGGAAGAGCUACCAGCGCUGGUAUACGAGUCCCGCCCCGUGGUGCGUCCCGGCCAGCAAGGCUCCCAGUCGAGACGGUGGAGGAGACGAGUUGUGGUAGCAGCGUCUCCAAGUACCUCAGCCGAGACAGCUCCGUCGAGAACAUCGCUCUUUGCAAGGAUCUUCGGCUACAGGGUCGUCAGCCCGUAUCAGACUGUUAGCAUGGAAGCACCUCAGCGAGCAGAGAUUUUGCAAGCUCCAGAAGAAGAGGCAGUCGAAACAAGUCCUGGAGAGGCUGGGGAUGGAGCUGGAGCUCCAGGGAACAGGGACAGGGAUCCAGCGGAAGAAGCCAUUCCUCUGAUGAGCAGGCACGUAGAUCACAGGAUGGAAACACUCAGUGCUUUCAUGGCAAACGAGGAGAGAGCCGCGGGGGCUAUACACGACGAACUUCGCGAGCUUAACAACGAUGGCAGUGAGGGUGGCGAGCUCGGAAGGAUUGAGUCCGUGACAGAAGGUGGGAUCAAGCUGGGACUCGGCGACUUUAUAUUCUAUAGCGUGCUGGUUGGACGAGCAGCGAUGUUUGAUCUCAUGACCGUGUGGGCCUGCUACUUGGCCAUCGUUGCGGGGCUUGGUGCCACUUUGGCGCUCCUCGCAGUGUGGAGGCGCGCUCUUCCGGCACUCCCUAUAUCCAUCUCGCUGGGCGUCGUUUUUUAUUUCCUCACGAGGCUUGUAUUGGAGCCAUAUGUUUUGCAGCUAGACACUCGCCUUGUGUUUUUUUAACUUAUUAUUAAUCCUAUAAACUCACUGAGAAAAAAA